AUGUUUCCUGCUCGCCCUGGAGGCGUCGACAAGAAGGCUGCCCUCCUCGCCCAAGCAAGAGCAGACCGAGAAGCCCGCAGCGGGCAGAAAAAAGUCGAACAGGAGAAUGCGCGUCUCGACAGCGCCGUCCGACGGAUACAAAAGUUCCUGGUCAGACAACACGCCAAACGCAUGACCAAGGACAAGCAACGAGCCGACUGGGAUGCAUUGACAGCACAAUUACCCGCAACACCUGCGCUGGGCCUCGUCCGCAACUUGAAGUUGGUAUUCUUGUUGCUACGGUUUCAUGAUACCACCGAGUGCCCCAUGGACAGCCGGCGACUGGCGAGCCUUUGCAAGCUGCUUCUCUCCAAGACCACCAUUACUCUGGAGGAAUGCACUUUUGUGAGAACGGAAGGUGUUUCUGUAUCUUCGCCACAGGUCUCGUCGCCAAGCCCAGAUGCAGCAAGUUCAGUGGCUCAGCCCGAAGAGCAGCAGCGAAAGUCGAUGAUGCAGGUCCCGUUCCAGAUGAUAUUGCUUCAUUCUCGGUAUGCCGACCUUGCCUCUGCGACCCUCUUGCGCCUUUUACGACUGUGCAUCACAACCAUUACUGGCAAUCAAAUCGACUCCAAUGCCCCAACAAAGCGCCUCACACUGCUCAAGACAACCUCGAAGAGCCAAGUGUCCUCACCCACCAGCGCCACUUCAAAACUUAUAGCUCAGGAACUGUACCUCUCCGGAGCCGAGCUUCGAUUCCUAAUGGCCUACGUAGAUGCCAACACCUACAAGUUGCCAGAGACGGUUGCGGGGGCUAUUAGGACACAGAUGCAGAACCGAGGAGCAGCACUUAUUGUUAAAACCCUCGACAGUGGCCGAUUCUACAAGGAUAUCAGGACAGGAAUCCAACUCCGGUCUGAGGCGCUGAUACAGUUGCAGGACAGGGCGAAGAAGACGUCCAUUACCCCAGCUGAGGCGACGACACAGAAAGCACUGAGUCUUUGGAUCACGGCCAUUUGGAGGUGCUGCUUCCUGCUGCAGUCUGUCGACAAGGAGAUGACAGAGAAAGCUGCCGGCAAGGUCCCUGGCCGACAGCAGAAGGACGACCUCAUCAACAUGCACAGCGAUGACUCGACCGUCGUUGGAAUCACCUGCCGCAUCCUCACCAUCGCCCUGUUUGUGGAGUGUCUUGACGACCUCUGUCUGCAGCUGACCCUACAGAGUCACCUCCUGGGUGAGGCGCUGGACGUGAUCUUGGAUCUCCGCCACCGACAAUACAUCCUCUCGUCCAUGAGCCUCAACGAGACACUUUACCUACUCGGAAACCUUACGCAGCUUUACAGGAUCCACAUCGCCAGGAAUGCGACCACAAACAACACAGCACUCAAGAACAAAUUGGUCGAAGUGAUUGUUGUCUUGCUGUCGCACUGCGGGAAAUACGUCUCGGGAACACAGACGACAGAGUUUCGACAGUACCACCCCAUCUUCUCCUGGACGAACCUUUCCCAGAAGGACCAGCAGCUAUCGACCGCACAAGUCAAGCAUCUGUUUUCGCAGCUCGAGUACCUUUGGAGUCGAGACUUUGCUCUAGAGGCUUUCCAUGGACUGUUGAACCUUUCGCUUCCUCCAGCCAGCUCUUCGUCAUCUUCGACUGAUACGGCAAUCAACGUCUCAAAGACAGGAGGCACGGAGCUACAUUCAGCAAGCCCCGUGGCAACUCCUCCAAGCCAUCACACACGAGUAUCGUCUCAGAGCGACUCCAAAUCAGGAUCCCAUGCCAGGAGCAUCACAUCCGAUCCCCAAGGAGCCUUACUCGCGAUCGAGGUCCAGCAAGCGUGUCAGCUAUACAUGACACUCAUGCGCUCCUUCGAGUCGCAGCGGACCAAAAUAUUGGUGAUACUGAUGUACCUGCCGUCGUUCCUGACACAACUCUGGAGGUUCAUGAACACACUCGGACCCAAGGGCGAGAUGCACAUCUACUUGGAAGCCGCUUCUGGGUUCAGUCGUCAUGGUCUGGAGCAUGAGCCUUUGAUUGCUAUCCUGCAAGUCUUUUGCGAGUGCAGCGCUCGCUUUCUCAUUACGCUUGAUGACGAUGAUAUGUACGAGCAACAAAAGUACUGGUGUCUCUCGGAGCUGGUCUUUAUGUCUGGAUUCCUGAACCAGUUCUGCUUUGCGGUGUUGAGCCAACAGGAAGACGCCAAGGUGGAGACGGACGAUCCAAGAGUCUCAACUGGAACGACUUCCCCAGCAACAACGACAACUCUCGCAGCACCACUUCCACCAAUCUUUUACCACGCGCGCCAGGUGCUCAUGCAACUCUACGAACGAGACUGUCGACGCGCGUUUUGUCCUCCCAACCACUGGCUGUUGAUGCACCCUACCAAGAGUGUCUUCCAGUCACCCUUGCAGCUCUUGGCCUCACUCACCCUCUCAACCAGCAACAAGUCCAAGAGCAAUGGGAUGAGCAACACGGGAAACAAAAAGAGCGGUGGUGGCUUCUCGCUUUUCUCAUCGUCCAAAUCGCCACCCCAGUAUGCAACACCCAAGGAGUUUAUUGCCAAGGUCUGCCAGAAGGACAGGACGGCGCUUCAGAUCCUUGAGACCAUGCCACAUGUCAUCCCCUUCAGCGCGCGGUUGGAAAUUUUCAGAGAGUUUAUCAAGGAGGAGCGGGCGCAGCGGGCUCAGAGUUUGGCGCUUGUGCGUCCUGAUCUUCAUCAGUCAGUCAUGGUGAAGGUUCGGCGAGGGUAUAUUCUCGAGGAUGGGUACCAGAGCCUGGGUCAGUUGUCGGCUAACGGAUGGAAGAACACGAUCAGGGUCAAGUUUACGAACGAGGUGGGGGCUGCAGAGGCCGGAAUUGAUCAGGGUGGGCCCUUCAAGGAGUUUAUGGAGAGCUUUCUUGAGGCAGGAUUCUCGCCCAACUUGAACCUGUUCACCACCUCGACCGAAUCGAUGAACAUGAUGUACCCGUCCCCGACCUCACAUUACACGCACCCUCACAACGGACUGGAGCUCUUCCGAUUGUUUGGCAAGAUGUUGGGGAAAGCCAUGUAUGAAGGUCUGUUGAUCGAGGUCAAGUUUGCAAACUUUUUCUUGAGCAAGAUUUUGGGACGGACAGUCUUCCUGGACGAGAUGCGGUCGUAUGAUGAGGAGGUCUUCCGAAACUUGAUGUUCCUGAAGAAGUACGAGGGCGAUGUGGAAGAUCUGGGAUUGACCUUCUCGCUGGACGAGGACAUCUUUGGGACCCACCGGACGAUCGAGUUGAUGAGGGGUGGGAGGGACCUUGAGGUGACCAAGGAUAACAGAAUCAAUUAUAUCUUCCAGGUCUCGGACUACCGCCUGAACAAGCAGAUUCAGGACCAGUCUCGAGCAUUUAUUGAAGGAUUCAGGUCUAUUAUCCCAUUGCCGUGGAUUUCCAUCUUUUCUCCGCAGGAGCUGCACCGCGUCAUGGCUGGUGACGACGUUGACUUUGAUGUGCAAGAUCUCCGCUCAUACACAGAAUACCAGAACGGAUACUUUGACCAACAUCCCGUCAUUAGAAACUUGUGGGCGGUCCUGAACGAAUUCAACUCUGAAGAAAAGCGGGCGUUCUUGAAAUUUGUCACCAGCUGUUCCAAGCCGCCUUUGGGAGGGUUCAAGCACUUACAACCCCCAUUCUCGAUCCGACUGGUUGUCAGUCCUACGACCUCUGACUCGAACUACGACUCUACACCUACACCCGCCCCACGUCAGUUCGGAAGCGGCGCCCCUACCCCUGGCACCAACUCAAGCAACUCGGGUCGACACCAACGAAGCACCACAACAGGAUCCAGCACCGGCGGAAAUAGUGGUAAUGGGUUCGGGUCAAGGUUACGAUCUGCCUUUGGAGGCAACAACAACAACUCCAAUUCUAGUAGAUCGUCAACCAUGUCGACAUCUUCCUCCGCAUCAACGCCGUCUUCAGCUUCGUCGCCACCCCCGCAGCGGCCUACACCGAGACCCGUGCUGCCUGGGGACGAAACCCCAGCGGCGAUGGGGGUUGUCAAGUCCUUCUUUGGUGGCGUCCUUGGAGGUGUUGGGUCCAGCGAGAGUUCUGGCAAGAAAGCGCGUCUGCCAACUAGCUCAAAGUCGGUCCUGAAGGAAAAGUUGCGUUAUGCGAUCACAUCCAACACAGGAUUCGAGUUGUCAUAA